GCUUUCGAAGUUUUUGCAGUGAUCAGAGAAUAGAUUCAUUCCUCUUUGCAGUGAAGCAGGAAACUGCAAGAACUUUACGAGACAAGAAAACGAUGUCGUCGAAGCGGAGUCAUACGACGGAGCUAGGCUGCGUAGCUUGCCCGGAGCUGGGCGACCUUGGUGCAGGAAAAGAAAGGUGGUUGGUCGAAAACCCUAACCUUCUCUGCGCUCUUGACACCCAUUCCCUUGCCCUCGCAAAUCGAUCUCUCAUCUUAAUUACGGGUUGGGGCGAUGGGCCCCGCCUCAAGAUCCGACCCGAGUUAUCUCCCAUAGAGUCCGAGUCCAUCACGGCUCUGGAGUGGUUGGUCUUUGACGAGAUUCGCGUGAUUGCGGUGGGCACCUCUUGUGGGUAUUUCUUGGUUUAUUCUUUGGAAGGCCAGUUGGUUCAUAGACAGAUGGUGUAUCCUGGGCGCAUUCUGAAAAUAAGACUCCGUGGAACUAAGAAAGAUUUGACCCAUCAAACAUCAUCCUCAGAGGAGAUUUCUAUUGUUAGUCGUGGUGUAAUUGCUCGUUUCGAUGGCUCUGAUAUUCAGAAUAUGCUGCAAGAAUGGUUUCAAGAAACUCAUUCUCAGUUUUGGGAUGAAAAGCCCAAGAAGAGAGAUUCAGAUGCUUUAGAAAAUACACACAAGAGAUUGCCUUACCAGUUGUGGAAUGUUAACAAAUAUGGGUCGUGUGCUGAUGCAGCUAUCACCGGCAUAAUGCCCCCUCCACUUAUGGAGAUCCAGUCAAGUCAACAAUACUAUUGUGGAAUCACUAUUGGAGAAGACGCUGUAAUUUCAGCUUACAGACUUUCAGAAAACAGAAGCAAGUCUCUUGUGGGAGCUAUUCUUUCAAAAGUUGUGCCUGCUACAUUCUCAACAAUAGCUUCUUUCUCCAAAAUGAUAUGGCGAAGUGAGCAAACAUCAACCAAAAAGUCAGAAGCAAAGCCUCAGUCAUUUGCGAAAGCUUCUCCCUUGACAUGUUUAAAGGAUCACCCAAGGAAAGGUGAAAAGCUUACGCUAUCACCAAGUGGAACAUUGGCUGCGAUAACAGAUUCACUUGGUCGUAUAUUGCUCUUAGAUACUCAAGCACUUGUGGUUGUGCGACUAUGGAAGGGAUAUCGUGAUGCUUGCUGUUUCUUUAUGGAGAUGCUUGUGAAAAGGGACAAUGUAGAGGCUAGCACCUCUUAUUAUGAACCAUCAAAGAGUGAUUAUUGCCUCUGUCUAGCAAUUCAUGCGCCUAGGAAAGGAAUCGUUGAGGUCUGGCAGAUGAGAACGGGACCACGUCUUUUAACAAUUCAGUGUGCCAGGGGUAGUAAGUUGCUUCAACCAACAUACAGGUUUGGAUCAUCAUUUGAUUCUCCAUAUGUUCCUCUAGAAGUGUUCUUGUUGAACGGAGACUCUGGUCAAUUGUCAGUUCUAAACAGGUCUCUUAAUUGAAUCUCUAGAAGAGCGUCCUUUAAUCUUAAUGUCCAUUCUUUCAUUUCUUAAGCAAUAUGUUUGUUAUUUUGGUGUAUUAUAUCAUAGAACGGUGUAUAAAUGGAUUGUGGAUUUAGAUUGUAUGCCGCAUUUAGUAAUCAGAGCUUUCUCUGUUUCUCCA